UUUAACAUAAUCACAUAUGAUUGAUCUGCUACUAUACAAAGAGCACCUGCAUCAGCUGCUGGUUAUAAAUUUAAGUAAACAGAUACGUUAUUUCGGUUUUUCUCUUUUAUGUUACAGUUCACUUCGAUUUCACAGUUUCUUAAAUGUGUGUUUUAUUAUUAAUAUUAUUUGAAAGUCACAUGCACCCAGUGGAUUUUAAACCACCAUCACCACCUCAACCCCAUUAGUACGAGAGUAAUGCUAGAUACAAUCAUAAGUUGUGCAAGUGUCGCGCUCCUUUUGAAAAAGACUGGGAUCCUAUUAAAAAACUAAAAUUUUCAUAUAGGUCUCAUAUUUACUCACUUUUUUAAAAAGGAGUACAUGGUACUUGGACACUUUAUGACUGCAAAUAUCAUUUCUCUUAGUAGGAGAGGAGGAUGUGCUUUUUGAGCUAAAGCUAUUGAAAAUAUACCUUUGGUGUAUAUAGCAAGGCUUCAGAACCAAGAGCAAAUAUGCAUUAAAGGGUUCCUGAGGACACUUUGAAGACCAUUUUACGGGAAUACUUUGUUAAGUAGUCCUGCAGCAUACACAUUUGCACUCCCAACCCAUCAAAGGAUUUACACUCAAAUUUAGUGGCUAUCUAAUAACCACCAAUCUUUAGUGAUAGGCUGGAAGGACCACCUUCCAAGUAUGAGGUUCAUAGCUUGUGGAGGAUUGAUGUCGUUUGCCCCCAAGAAACCAAACUGGAUUUUGUUGACAGGAGUAUAAUUUGUACCUUGUGGAGAGGUUCAUUUGUAGGCUGGACAUAUUUAGCUUCUUCGGGUGCUUCUGGUUGAGUUUUAGUAAUGUGGGAUAAUAGAGUUGUCAAGAUGGUAGAAGAUUGUAUUGGUGUUUUCUUGGUGGCCUGUGUUUUAAGAAAUUUGGAAGAUGGGUGGACAUGGGCAUUGGCAAGUGUAUAUGGACCCAAUAGGGAUCCGGAUAGAUACUUGCUGUGGGAUGAAGUGUCAGGAUUUUAUUCUUUGUGGGAGCUGCCUUGGUGCAUUUGUGGGGAUUUUAAUAUAAUUUGCUUUCCAAGUGAGAGGGAGGGUUUAUCUUCUAUGACUACAGCUAUGGAGGAUUUUUCUCAGCUGAUUUUUGACUUGGAACUGCUGGAUUUGCCACUGGUGGGGGGUGAAUAUACGUGGUCUAAUUCUAGAGGUGGCUCAAGACUGGACAGAUUCUUAGUCUCGUCUUCAUGGGAGGCUCACUAUCCGAAGUCAUGCCAAAAAAGAUUGUCAAGGGUAUGUUGUAACCAUUUUCCCAUUUUACUUGAUUGUGGGGGUAUUCAUGAGAGUAAACGGUAUUUUAAGUUUAAGAAUAUGUGGCUUGAAGUGGAGGGUUUCGUUGAUAAGAUAAGAAGCUGGUGGCUUUCUUAUCAUUUUGAGGGGACUCCUAGCUUUGUUUUGGCAAGUAAACUUAAAGCUUUGAAAGUUGAUUUGAAGAAAUGGAAUAAGGAAGUUUUUGGAAAUGUAGAGCAGCAGAAAAAAUCCCUUUGGGAUGAGCUUCAAUCCUUAGAGGCUGAAGGGGAAAGUGAGGUGACUUCGUCUAGGAAAACAGAAGUGAUGGCAGAAAUUGAGAGGGUUCUUUUGAGGGAAGAAAUAUCAUGGAGGCAGAAAUCGAGAGUUCUAUGGCUUAAGGAUAAGUGUACUAGCUUUUUCCAUAAAAUGACUAAUUCUCACAGGCGUAACAAUGCCAUUGAAAUGUUCAAAACUGAAAAUAAUUUGCUAUCCACACCUGAUGAGAUUCAAGAGCAUGUUGUGCAGUUUUAUAGUCCUCUCCUAAGUGAGACAGAAGCUUAGAGACCCAAAAUUGAUGGCUUGAAUUUUGAAGUUGUGGAUGCUUUUUCAGCAAGCUGGCUUGAGAGGACUUUUGAAGAGCUUGAGGUAUAUCAGGUGGUUUGUGGGAUGAGGAGAGACAAAACUCCUAGUCCGGAUGGGUUUUCUAUGGCUUUUUUCAAAGAUUGUUGGGAGAUUGUGUGGAAGGAGGUGAUGAAGGUACUUCAUGAAUUUUAUGAGUUUCAAAAGUUUGAGAAGUCGUUGAAUGCCACUUUUAUUGCCUUAAUCCCAAAGAGAGUGGGUGCUUCGGAGUUGAAGGAUUUCCGUCCUAUUAGUUUGGUGAGUGGUGUUAAUAAGAUUAUUUUGAAGGUUUUGGCAAAUCGAAUGAGCAAAGUGAUGGAGAAGAUCAUUUCUAAACCUCAAAAUAUUUUUGUUAGAGGUAAACAAAUUUUAGAUUCUGUGCUGAUUGCAAAUGAGUGUUUAGAUAGUCGUAUGUGGGAAGGUGUUCUGGGGGUUCUUUGUAAACUGGACAUGAAAAAGGCAUACGAUCAUGUAAAGUGGAAUUUUCUUUUAUACAUGCUUAGAAGAUGCGGUUUUGGUGACAAGUGGUGUGGCUAGAUAAGACAUUGUAUCUCAAUUGUUCGGUUUUCUGUUUUAGUUAAUCGGCAGCCUUGUGGUUAUUUUCAGAGUUAAAGAGGCUUGAGGCAGGGCCUUUUUUAUUUGUUCUUGUUAUGGAGGAUUUGAGCCGUAUGGUGGAAGCAGUGGUAGGAGGAGGUUUUAUUUCAGGUUUUCCGGUGGGAUCUAAUUCUAAUGGCUUCAUUUCCAUAUCUCACUUGCUUUUUGCUGAUGAUACUCUUAUUUUUUGUGAUGCUGUUGGGGAACAGAUUCAAGCUUUGAGGGUUGUCCCGUUAUGUUUUCAAGCCAUUUCCAGACUAAAAGUGAACUUAAGUAAAUCGGAGCUGGUCCCGAUGGGAGAUGAUAUAAUAUUCAUAACUUGGCAGAAUUACUGGGGUGUAAAGUUGCUUAUCUGCCCAUGAAAUAUUUGGGACUACCGUUGGGGGCGUCAUUCAAGGCUAAGCAUAUUUGGGAUGGGGUGGUUGAGAAGAUAGAGAAGAGGUUGGUGGCAUGGAAAAGAAUUUAUUUAUCUAAAGGGAGUAGAAUCAAUCUUAUAAAGAGUACCAUUUCUAAUAUCCCAACUUAUUUCCUUUAUUUAUUCCCUUUUCCAGUCGGAGUGGCUAACCGUAUUGAAAAGUUGUAUAGAGCUUUUUUGUGGGGUGUUUUGGGAGAGGAGUCUAAGACUCCCUUAGUGAGCUGGAGAAAAGUUUGUUGUCCAAUUGUUGAUGGAGGAUUGGGGGUUCAUAGCUUGUGUAGUUUUAAUAAGGUGUUGUUGGAGAAGUGGCUAUGGAGAUAUCAUGGGGAAGAGGAACCCUUGUGGAGGGGGGUGAUAGACCAGCUGUCAGUUGGAGGCAACAGGGUUGUAAGUAACAAGAUAGGCCUGAAUCCUUUAAACUCAAAAAAAGGAAAACAGAAGAUCGGAUUCGGCCUUGUCCCUAUAACCAGAUCCAGUAGAGUAUGGCGGGUCAAAAGAAAAUCUGGAUUAUUUGAAGCAGGGUCUAUACAUCGGGUAUCGGCGUAGAGACAUCAGAGGAAUGUCAUUCGCCUCAUAUAACACAGGAUAGACCGAUAGUCAGUAUUACACCCUUGUCCCCAAAGAAACUAUGGCUCCCUCUUCAGAGUUGAAAGAAAAUGGUGUACUACCGAGGUUUGAAGGAGAUGUAGGAUCUGCUAUCACCCCAAAGGUGAAGGGACUUGUUGUCACCCCAGAAUCUCCAAUAGAGAGAAACAAUGGAGUUGCUGGAGAACCUAUGGGUUUUGCAUUGGUGCCUUGUGUAGAGUCGGAAGUGCAGUUGGAUACUGUGUCUGGGGAUAACGUUGCUCCCCUGGUCUUUCUUCCUCCAUUAGUGGACUGGAUUCUGCCUAAAGUUAACGAGAUUCAGCAGUUUGUGGGAAUCU